AUGGCUUUGCAUUCGCAUCCUUGGCGGGCUGCCCUGCGCUGGCUCUGCCUGCUGCUGUCGUGGAGCGGGUCUUUGGGUGAUGGACCCCUCAUAGGCUCUACCACACCCACGCCCAGCACGAGUACCACGACCACGACAACCACGACGACCACGACGACCACGACGACCACGACAACUACAACGACCACGACCACAAUAACGACUACCACUCAGCGGCC